AUAAUUUUGACCUUCCUUCCGGUUGGCUCCCGCCCCACGUAGCCAUUUUGCGUUUCCUGGACAAAAAAGGGGGUUAGAUAGAAAGACAAUCAGACACAGAAUAAAUUUAGUUUUCAAAUCAUACCGAGAAUCAAAAGUGCGGAUGUAACUGUGCAAUAUGAUCGGCGCGGGAGCGGGCGAGCAGGUACACCAGCCGCGGCCCGUAUUCAAAGAGGAAACAUUUGGCUAGCUGGCUAACGAACCGUUAGCGAAAGAGUGAGAUAAAGACUUCAUAGACUCUAAAGUCGUGUACGACAUUCAUACUUAUCAAAUUAUACUCGUAAGCAGGCUAGAAGGCGGACGUUGGUAGGAAAAUGGACCGUGUGUUGAUUUGAAACGUCGCAGCGGGCAAAAAACAGCAAACGCCACGGUUAUUUGCGGAGGAAGCCGGAUAACUGUUUAUUCACAGGGAAUAAAGAGCAGGAUCGCAGCACGCCACGGAGCCGAUCAUGCCUGCCAGUGUGCGUACUGGGACCCCGAAGGACUCUGAGGUGUCUGAGCUCUUCUACAGAGAUGAUCCUGAGAAGCUCUUCACUGAUCUACGGGAGAUCGGCCAUGGCAGCUUUGGAGCCGUGUACUUUGCUCAUGAUGUGCGUUCCAACGAAGUGGUGGCCAUCAAGAAGAUGUCGUUCAGUGGCAAGCAGUCUAACGAGAAAUGGCAGGACAUCAUAAAGGAGGUGAAGUUCUUGCAGAAGCUCAGACACCCCAACACCAUCGAAUACAAAGGGUGCUACCUCAGAGAGCACACAGCGUGGCUGGUGAUGGAAUACUGUCUAGGAUCAGCCUCUGAUCUUUUAGAGGUGCAUAAAAAGCCUCUGCAGGAGGUGGAAAUAGCUGCUAUUACCCACGGUGCACUUCAGGGCCUCGCCUACCUUCACUCUCAUAACAUGAUACACAGAGAUGUGAAGGCAGGUAAUAUUUUGCUAACUGAGCCUGGUCAGGUGAAGCUUGGAGAUUUUGGCUCUGCCUCAAUUGUUUCUCCUGCCAACUCUUUUGUGGGUACACCUUACUGGAUGGCCCCAGAAGUGAUUCUAGCCAUGGACGAGGGCCAGUAUGAUGGGAAGGUGGACGUCUGGUCUCUUGGCAUCACCUGCAUCGAACUAGCUGAAAGGAAGCCACCCUUGUUCAAUAUGAAUGCUAUGAGUGCCUUAUACCACAUUGCGCAAAACGAAAGCCCUGUCCUGGCGUCAAACCACUGGUCAGACUACUUCCGUAACUUUGUGGACUCUUGUCUUCAAAAGAUCCCUCAGGACAGGCCUACCUCAGAUGUGCUGCUCAAUCACCAUUUCCUAUGCCGAGAGCGCCCCCAUUCCGUAGUGAUGGAUCUGAUUACGCGCACCAAAGACGCUGUGCGAGAGCUGGACAACCUGCAGUACAGGAAGAUGAAGAAGAUCCUGUUUCAGGAAACUCACAACGGCCCCACACAGGAAGGAGGAGAGGAGGAAGAGGAAGCAGAGCAGUACCUCUUGCAGACGGGCACGGUGAACAGUAUGGAGAGCUCUCAGUCUGUGCCCUCGAUGUCCAUUAGCGCCAGCUCCCAGAGUUCCUCUGUCAACAGCCUGGCCGAUGGCUCAGACGACAGUGCUGAGAUGGCCAUGAUGCAGGAGGGAGAACAGACAGUCACGUCUAACAGCUCCAUCAUUCACCGCCCCACUGCACGUGAUAAUAUUUACGAUGAUCCAUAUCAGCCGGAAAUGGAGUCUCCGCAGCAGCCGUCGUCGGCCGCUCGGAGGAGGGUGCACAGAAACCGAGACCAUUUCGCCACCAUCCGCACAGCCUCUCUUGUGACCCGUCAGAUUCAGGAGCAUGAACAGGGCUCAGCUCUUAGGGAGCAGAUGUCUGGAUACAAGCGCAUGAGGAGGCAGCACCAGAAACAACUGCUGGCUCUGGAGAACAAACUCAAGUCUGAGAUGGACGAACAUCAGCUCAGACUGGACAAAGAGCUGGAGACUCAGAGAAACAACUUUAGCGGUGAAGCAGACAAGUUGAGUAAGAAACAUCAGGCCAUCCUGGAAAAAGAGAUUAAAGCUGCGCAGACAGAAGAGAAAAAGUUUCAACAGCACAUAUUGAACCAGCAGAAGAAAGAACUCAACAGCCUGCUGGAUUCCCAGAAACGCCAGUACAGGCAACGCAAGGAGCAGCUCAAGGAGGAGCUGAGUGAGAACCAGUCCACGCCGAAACGAGAGAAGCAGGAAUGGUUGGUAAGGCAGAAAGAGUGUCUGCAGCAGAUCCAGGCUGAAGAAGAGGCUUCGUUAUUGCGGCGACAGAGGCAGUAUUACGAGCUGCAGUGCCGACAGUAUAAGAGAAAGAUGCUGCUCGCAAGACACAAUCUGGAGCAGGACCUGCUUAGAGAGGACUUGAAUAAGCGUCAGACUCAGAAGGACCUGGAGUGCGCUAUGUUGUUGAGACAUCACGAGUCCACUCAGGAGCUGGAGUUCAGGCAGCUGGCGCUGGUCCAGCGUACUCGGGCCGACCUGAUCCGAACGCAGCACCAGAGCGAACUGGCCAACCAGAUGGAGUACAAUAAGCGGCGUGAGCAGGAACUCCGUCAGAAACACGCUGUGGAGGUCCGCCAGCAACCCAAGAGCUUAAAGACUAAAGAGCUCCAGAUCAAACGUCAAUUCCAAGACACCUGUAAGAUUCAGACACGGCAGUACAAAGCCUUGCGCAACCACCUGCUGGAGACCACACCCAAAUCAGAGCAUAAAACCGUACUGAAGAGACUCAAAGAGGAGCAAACACGUAAACUGGCUAUCUUGGCCGAGCAGUACGACCAUUCCAUCAAAGACAUGCUGUCCACACAGGCUGUGAGUAAGUUGCGAUUGGAUGAGACUCAGGAGGACGAGUACAGAGCACUGCGCAUGCAGCUGCAGCAGGAAUUGGAGCUGCUGAAUGCUUAUCAGAGUAAAAUAAAGAUGCACACAGACACGCAGCAUGAGAGAGAAGUCAAAGAUCUGGAGCAGAGGGUGUCUAUACGGAGAGCUCUUCUUGAGCAGAGGAUCGAGGAGGAGAUGUUGUCUCUGCAGAAUGAGCGCUCUGAGCGAAUCCGGGCUCUGCUCGAGCACCAAGCUCGAGAAAUUGAGUCUUUUGACUCUGAAAGUAUGCGCCUGGGCUUUAGUAACAUGGCUUUGAGCGGCAUCCCUGCUGAGGCUUACAAUCAGGGUUACCCCAACCCUCCCUCAUCCGGACCCGGGGGCUGGCCGUCCCGUCCCGUGCCCCGCUCAGGCAGCCAGUGGAGCCACGGAGUCCAAAACUCAGCGGCGCCGCCCUCUUGGCGCAGUCAAAACAGUACAGCCGGGUUCAGCCAAGGGGAGCAAAUCUCCAUCCGAGAGAGGGAUCGAGAAAGGGAUUUAGAUGGCAUGGGCGCCCGUGGCUUUCCAAGCUCUCGCUCCUCCGCCUCGUCAGCGUCGUCUUCAUCCUCGCACCAUCACCUCCGCUACAUGCCACAGCAGUACCACCACCAGAGCACGCCGCACCUGUACCGUGACAGCCGAGAGAGGGAGUGGGGAGGCGGCAGUGGAGGAGGAGGUCACCACUCAUCUUCAUCCUCCUCUCAUGGCCACUCUCAUCACAUUUCUUCCCACGCCUCUUCCCAGUCCCUUGCUCUACUCCCUCCACCACCACCUCCUCCGCCCAUCUCACUUUCCUCAUCUUCUCCUCCAUCGUCCUCCUCCUCUUCUUCCUCUCAGAGCGGCUACGGAGGAAGGGGCGAGAGCUUGGCUGUGAGGGGCCCCAGCUUGAUGGCUUUGAGAAACAGUCCAGGGCCUCUUCGGAGAACCGCCUCUGGCGGAGGUGCCGGCGGAUCGGGCGCAGAUGGAGGUUUGAGUCGAAAUGAAAUAGCGGCAUACAGGUUUGAAAUGACACGAGAGCGAGUGAAUAAUGGCAGAAUUAUUCGUUGACUCUGUCUGAUGAGUGCCACUUGAGUUUGAGCCGGAGGAUCUGAGCCAGAGGAUGAUGAGUCCUACUAACGUCAGUUUUACUGCUAACGGGAGCAGAGCGAGCGAGUCGGAUGCAAUAGAAGGUGCUGUAGCAUGUUUCAGGGAGACGAGGCGUAAACUGAGGAACUAAAAGGGUGAUUAAACUGAUUUUGUGUGUGUGUGUGUGUGUGUAAUUAUGUAGAUAGCACUAAAACAAUACUAAAAGAACGUCUAUCAGUGGUUUUUAAACUGUACAUUUGUAUUUGAGUCAAGGACAGCAGGCAGUUUUUUUUAUUUUCAAAUGAUUUUUUUGUAUUCUGUAUUCUUUUGUUUUGUUUUAAAACAAUGCCACAUGUCAUACUGCCAUCUAGAGGCUCAGCUGACCUAAAGCAACUCCGCCCACUGUCCUUAUAAGGGCAAGCUGCCAUUCAAGUUGCAGUCGGUUUGAACUGGGCUGUAAUUGAGUGUCUGUUUUUAGCUUAGGCGUGCUAAAAUUACUUUUAAGAAGAGAUUGAACCUGGCCGGGUGAAUAAGCCAUUUCCUCGACUGUGUAAAUAUGAUGUACAUGUGCAAAAGAGAGUCGGGUUCCGAGUUUCCCUGCAUGAGACUAAUGUACAGAGACCAUUUGUAUACAAACAUACACGACAGACGUUUAUAUAUGACUUUGAGUAUAUAUGUGUAUAAUACAUCACCUGUCAAAGGUCCGACAGGGAAUGUCGUAAGAGUUUCCUGUUCAACACUUUUGAUCUAUAUUGUACUUAUACAACAUGUGUAUAUACAAGCACUAACUCUUAUAUAGGGUAAUAAUAAUUUUGCUAUGUGGAAAGUGAAACGGAAAAAAAUAGAUGCUGUCAUUAUUAUUACACCUACUACUGCCGCUGUAAUAUUUGUGUUGUACACUAAUUUUCCUUUUUACAAUUUUUACUUUUUUUCAAUGCUUACCACUAGGUGGGAAAUGUUGGCAUUGUCACCGUAAGAAUUUUAAGUCUUUAGAAGAAAAAAAAAUAACAAAAAAGGACUACCUAUCCCAGCAUUCCUUGUUACAUCUCAGGGUAGGAGUCUUAUUGUGCAGUGCGUUGUCAGGAGAGUAGUAUUUUAGAGCCAGUAUUAAACUUGUACAGAACAUUUUAAGAGAUUUUAGCUGUAUAGAACAUUUCUAGACGACUGUAAAGUGUCUCGAACACCCCCUUCGAUCCAGCCGUUUUUUCCCCCCCAUUUUGUUUUCUGGAAUGCAUUAUGUUUUUGAGUUUUUUUUUUUUAAAGGCAUCACGAGCUGUUUACAUCGACAACCAAAAUCUCCAGCAUCUUCCCCGUAAGAACGUGGUGAAGGAUGAAGCUCGAUUUCACCGUGUUCUGUUUUUCCCUUCGGGAAAACCGAAAUCUUUUGUGCUCCCACACUGCCAGCUCUCUUUAGACACCAGCGUUCACUCGGACUCUCCCUUCGCUCUCCCGAACCGAGGAGACGUGCAGUACCUCACUUCCCUGUGCCUGGCCGAUCACUUCUUACUCUGUUUUCAGUGUUCGCUUCAUUCCCAAACACGUUUUUUCUUCCCAUCGCUGCAUUCCCUCAUGUCCUUCCUUACGAACAUCUGUGGACAGAUGAGGAGAAGAAAAAAAUCCUCGGCCCAUCUGUAGCUCUGGGCUACCAUGUAAUGUGUUUACAGCAACACAUGCUGGAUUCUUAUUAGUGUAUCCUCUCGAAGGGGUGUUUCAGUAUCUGGUGGUAGGAAACUUAAGGUAUGAAAUUGCUGUUAUCAUCCUGAAGUGUUUGAAGAAUUGGAGCUGUAAGGGUGGAACUGCCUGGAAGAGAGUGUGUGUGUGUGUAGCCUGUGCCGAAAUGUAUUGCAGAAUUGUGAUGGAGAGAGCUUGGUUGUUCAGGGAGCUCAGAAAAACAGGCCAAAUUACGUUCAGGUGAAACGACUACACAUGGGCUAUAGAACUUGUACAGAAAAUGAUUAACAAGUCAUUAAAAAGGAUUCAAACAAAUUGUC